AUGCCGCCCCGAGUGGGGGGCAGCCCAGGCCCCGCCGACCCCUACCCACCACAGGCCGCCUGGCUGGGCGCAGCCCCAACGCCGAGAGCUCGGCAGCCCCGCCCCGGGCUGCAGCCGCUCGCUCUCGCCCGGAGGGCCACGCCGGGAGCAAGGAAAAUGGAGGCGGCAGCGCCUCCCGGGGACCUGGAUCCUUCCUUUCCCCGACCUCGAGGGCCAGGCGGUGGAGCACUCACCGUGGCAGCCCCUCGGCCCUCCGGGAGCCCCGCGCGAGGCAGCAGCUGCCCGCGUGCCCCCGCCGCAACGCCGCCUCUCCAGGCGCGCCGCUCCUCUCCCUCUGCUCCCGCGGCGCGCGCUCCGGGACUGACUGACCGACCCACAGAGCGGGCGUUGGCAGGGACGGGGCGGGGCGACCGAGCACCCGGCGGCGCGGACCAUAGAGCCCCAGCGUCUGGCCCCGGCACACAGGGCGGGGCUGAGGGUCGUGCGGCCCAAGAGCGGACCGACUGGCGCCCGGCCGCGCGCGCGCGCGCGCUCCCCGCCGCGGCCGCCGGCCCACUUCCGGCGCGGGCGGUGGCGCGCGCCUCCCGCCGCCUGGCCAGCAGCCGCCCCCCGCCCCGUCCUCCCUCCCCCCCCCCCCAACUCCCCCCACCCCCACCCCAGCGCACACCGUCCGACCCGCAGGCGCCGGGCCGCACCCAGCCGCGGCCGGCCUCCAGCGCGCGUCCUCGAGAGCCGCCUCCAGGAACCGGUGAAUCAGAGAAUGAAUGA